CCACUAAGCAACUUCUUCACUCACUGGUUAUCUCUCGCCUUGAUUAUUGUAACUCCCUCCUCAUUGGCCAACCUCAUCGCAGGCUAUCCCCUCUUCAGUCUAUUAUGAAUGCUGCUGCCAGACUCAUCCACCUUACUAACCAUUCUGUAUCUGCCACCCCUCUCUGCCAAUCCCUCCACUGGCCUCCACCCCUCUCUGCCAAUCCCUCCACUGGCCUCCAUUCAGUGUCCUCCACCCCCUCUCUUCCAAUCCCUCCACUGGCCUCCACUCAGUGUCCUCCACCCCUCUCUGCCAAUCCCUCCACUGGCCUCCAUUCAGUGUCCUCCACCCCUCUCUGCCAAUCCCUCCACUGGCCUCCAUUCAGUGUCUUUCACCCCUCUCUGCCAUUCCCCUCCACUGGCCCCUGUCACGAUCAUAGCGUCAGACCCCAGACCUUCUCACCAAACUCGUGACCGAAGGACUAGCCGAUCUAACCCACGAUGUGAUGUGCCUAACAAUGCCACACCCAGCUGCACCCUGCACAACGAUUGUCCAGCUAAUGGACCACAGAUCGAUGUACCGGCAGCCUGAGCGAUUGUUACUGGCCCCCACUCAGUGUUCUCCAUCCCUCUCUGCCAAUCCCUCCACUGGCCUCCACUCAGUGUCCUCCACGCCUCUCUGCCAAUCCCUCCACUGACCUCCAUU